UGCCGUUCACCAGUUCACCGUCCGCCUAUCAUCUUCAAGACUUUUCAAUCAUUGCGUUUCUGCGCUGUGCUUUAUUCGACGUUGCUUGUUCUAUUUUUGAUGUUUUUCUCUAUCGGUAUAUAUAAAAAAAUAUAGAUAAUUUUUAAACAGAAAUCAAGGGUGCGUGAAAAUAUUAUGAAUUUGUGAAAGAUAUAAGUUGUUCACGAAGAUUUCUUCGACGAGAUGAGAAUCGGAAGUCUACCCGUUUUCAUCGUCCUUUUACUGGUAUCACCGACCCUCGCACGCAACACAAAAUACAACGCAUCGAGUUCUCCAUCCUCCACCGAAAUUGGAGCCGAUAAAAAUGGCCACAAAGUACAAACCACACUGAUACCCACUGAAGCGAAAACCAAAGAACUAGCCAAAGUUGAAACAAAUUUGACCAGGACUCCAGGGACCACUGAUGACGUCACGACGCACCAUGGUGCCACGAGUUUCGAUGUGGCUAACAGCGAGCUGGAGUCAACGACAGCCAAAGUCCUGAAAUCUGACAAGGGAGCGGUGACCUCUUCGUCGAGGAUCACGAGUGGGAAUAACCAGAGCGUCAGAUUUAUUCCUGUCGAGAGAGACUUGACGAAUGUUUCAAGAAACGGAGCAAUUGAGAACAACUUGUCGACGAAAAAUGAGUCUCGUCCUUUCCCCGUGAGGAGAGACGUGGGGGGUCUGGAAUCGCAAGAAAAGGGAGCCAGAAUCGAGCCGGAGUUUACGAGGAUCUCGACGAUGGAUGGCGAGGCACCCUCUGAAACGUUCUCGCGGACAUCGAACCCUUACCGUGAAACUCUUGACAACUUUUCCAAAAUUCUGCUUUACCCCAUCAACGGUACGACUGCUGUUUACCGCGAGACAACCUUCAGGCCAAUUCUACUGGAAGGGUUGAUAAAGAAGACGGAAGACGCGAACAACGGACAGGAUGACAGCUAUCUUCCAUUUUCGACUUGGAGUAAGAUGGCUGCCGAAGAUGUAGAGGUCAGAAAACGAGGCGAUGAGAGGACCGCGCCUGACAAUGAGAACCUCGAGUCAAUAGACAAAGAUGUCAUAGAAGCCACCAACUUCGGGCUCGAGGCCAUGAACAACCUGUACUUCAUCACCGAACCGAAACUGUUCUCAAUGGGAUUGUUUCUAACCGAUGAUAACCCAGCACGCUACGUAGCCUCGUUCAACGAUCAGACUGAAGAAGCCAGACAACUUGCGAAAUUCGGCUUUGCCGCUCUCGAAAGUGCCAAGUCGUUUGUUAGCAAACAUCCAAAAAUAAGCAGAACAGAGACACUCGUAAAACACACACGACGCACGGCUCUCCAUCGUCAAUGUCCUCGACGAGGAAUUCCCCCGUGUCCUCCGGCAAGUCUGAGAUAUCGUACGAGCGACGGUAGCUGCAACAACCCCAAUGAACUUUGGUGGGGUUCAGCUAUGUCGGCAAUGCAAAGGUUUCUUAAUCCCGCCUAUGACGAUGGGAUUCAAUCUAUCCGCAGAUCUACGAAUGGAACAUUGCUACCGAGCCCAAGAGAAAUAUCCAGUUUUAUUCACCAAGACCACGAUAUUCCCCUGGCUUCUGUUACCCACAUGUUGAUGCAGUGGGGGCAGUUUGUCGAUCACGAUAUCACGGCAACCGGACAGGGCACAGCCUUCAAUGGAACUAUUCCUCAAUGUUGUUUGAACGGAGGGGGAUCUUUCCAGCCUCCGGAAUUCAUGCAUCCCGAGUGUCUGCCCAUUCCGGUACCAGCUACGGACAGGUUCUACGGUCCUCUGGGUGUGCGAUGUUUAGAAUUCGUUCGAAGUGGACCAGCACCACGAGAAGACUGUGGAUUCGGCCCCAGGGACCAACUCUCGCAGGUUACGAGUUACUUGGAUGCGUCCACCGUCUAUGGCAGCAACGUACAGACAAGCGACAGUCUAAGACUCUUCAGGAAUGGCCUUCUACAAUACGGGAAAAUUCAAUCGAGGAAGCCCCUUCUUCCCAGGCAGGAAAGUGAUCUAUGCAGACGCGGGUCGAUAGACACAAGCUGCUUCCGAGCAGGCGAUGGACGACUUACCGAACAACCAGCGUUGAUAUCACUGCACGUUAUAUUUCUCAGGCAACACAAUAGAAUCGCAACCGAAUUGGCAGCCCUGAAUCCACACUGGAGCGAUGAAAAAUUGUUUCAAGAAACUAGACGAAUUAUCGGAGCCAUUGUACAGCAUAUUACGUAUCGCGAAUUCCUCCCCAUUGUAUUAGGUCCUGAAGUCAUCAAAAUUUUCGAUUUGGAAAUUAAGAGGAAAGGGUACUACCAGGGGUACGAUUCCACGGUCAACCCUAAUAUAGCUAAUGGUUUCGCUGCCGCGGCCUAUCGAUUUGGUCACUCUUUGGUUCAGCAUAGUUUUGUGAGAUACGAUACUAAUCAUCGUCCGAUAUUCAACAAUGUUACAAUCCACGAUGAGUUCAACAACCCAGUGAACCUCCACACCGUCGGUGCUUUAGAUCGUCUUCUUCUUGGUCUAAUAAAUCAGCCGUCUCAAAGAAGAGACGAGUUCAUAACAGAAGAAUUGACAAACCAUUUGUUCGAAACUCCGAGUUUUGGAUUUGGGAUGGAUCUUGCCUCGUUGAACAUCCAGCGAGGAAGAGACCACGGGUUGCCACCUUAUGUAGACUGGCGUGAACCCUGCGGCUUAUCGCCAGUCAGAAGCUGGGAAGACUUGAAUCGUGUCAUGUCAGCAUCAACAGCAAAGAAGUUUAGGUUUCUCUACUCCUCCAUAGAAGACAUAGACUUGUUCCCAGCUGGAUUAGCUGAAAAACCAGUCCCUGGUGGGCUUGUGGGGCCAACGUUUGCCUGCAUAAUUGCACAGCAGUUCAGCAAUCUUCGUAGAGGAGACAGGUUCUGGUACGAAAAUCCAAAUAGAGAGAGUAGCUUUACUGCCGCGCAGCUACAGCAGAUCAAGCGCAUCACACUCGCGCAAAUAUUGUGUAAAAGUACGGAAAGCAUUGAAACUAUACAGCCGUUCGUUUUUCUGACACCGGACACGGCAAGAAAUGACAGGAUUUCAUGUGACACUGAGAUUAUUGGUACUUUCAACUUGGAUCCCUGGGCCGAGAGGUUGCCACCAGAACAACGAACCAAACACAGAACGAGAACAAGAAAUAGCUCGAAGAUUCGUAAGGGAAACAGAAGAAAAGAUCAUCUGGGAGACGAAACUAACGAUAGUAAUUCACAAGCCAAAUUAAUUAGUCCAGUUUCCACCGUCGAACAACAAAGCGCCGAAGCACAAGCGAGACUCAGCUCAGAGGAAAAGACGUUCUUCCCAUUUUUUAAGCCGGUGAGGACUGGAGUGAAUCAGCAAAACAAAGUUGUGAUCAGACGGCCCUCGGAUACGCAUGAAAAUCUUACCAUACUUGUGCAAAACCACGCGGUGAACUCACCCGUUUUUGUGAGUGACUCAAUAAAAGGGAGCAAUUUUCAGUUCACCCAGUCCAACGGUGAUCCGUUCAAACCGAACCACGCGUCGACUGCCAGGCCGAUUGAGAGACCGGUGACCUACGACGACUGGUACACAUCGCCAAGACCAAUUUAUUACGACGAUACUGAGCCCAAUCCCGUUUCCAUACCACAGACGGCCCACAGGCCGGUGCCUAGGCCCAAACCGAAGCCUCAAUCGAAGCCUCAAUCGAAGCCAUCGAGCUAUGGGAACCCUACAUCUUAUCCGAGACCUUACAUCCCGCAUAGUUCCAAUGACCCCAGCAACCCGAACCCCCCAAGUUACGGUUUCGCUUCUCGACCAACAAACAGUUAUGCGCCGAGCAAUUCUUUUUUCGAUGAGUUUCCCGCCACCACAACUCAGAGAUCAACUCUUUACACCUUUUAUACGACUUAUAAGAAGCCAAUCCCGACGCAACGUCCCGAUCCCUAUUAUUAUGAUCAAGACCGACCUCAGAGUCACAAGAACCAGUAUCAUCAGCAGCAUAACCCUCCGCAAUCCCAGGGUUACUAUGGGUCUUCUAACCCAUCCACCGCUUCAUAUUCCGUGGUGAAGCCAAUCCAUGAAGCUGACGACCAAAUCACUCCCCAGAAACCGAUCUACGACCAAAGCUGGACCGGGGAUACGAUCUACGAAUACAGUUGGAACAGCAGACCAAGUCAAAGCGAUGUUGGUGGUUGGGUUGAUGUUCCCGUUCAACCCUCAGUUAACCCGCCCUACGGGAAACCCUCGCAAUCCAGACCGGCAUCCCCAUCGUCGAGACCGGAUGGUGGAUACUGGACUGAGUUUUCGGCAACAACGAAGAAGUAUCUUACGUCCUAUCAUCACUACGACACGGAGUAUCAGAUACACAAUGCCGAGGCGAACAUCAACCCCAGACCGUUCAAAAAACAGGGCGUUAGCAUAAUCACUGAGAUCGAUACCGGAAGUCAUUACCCCAUCAAACAGAGACAACCAGUUCAGAAUGAAAGAGAAAUUCCAAAACCAUUGCACCAGGUGGGACGUGAUCACCCUGCUGACAUUGCAGAACACAAGCAUACGUACGAGAUUGAAUUAAGCCAUCAAAUUUCAGACGAACGAAAACGACCGGGACAGCUGUACUAUGAAAAAAAUGUUUUGCACCGAUAUCCGGACGAAAACUUGACUGCGAUCAAAGAUAGUAAUGGCUACGUCAAUGCGCCGUAUGAUCUGAAUAAAAAUAUUGGCAGUUACAAAAGCAAACAGGACGGGAUCGCAGCCGACAGAAUUAUUUUUGACAGCAAAUACCAGAUCGAAAAAUUGGAUCCUAACAGAGGCGGAGGUCCUGAUUCAAUAACAGACCAGGAAACGAACGCACAAGUGUCUCGCGAUGAAACGAAGCUAACCACCACAGCUACAAUCGUUCUGGGAGAAGCAGACGACGAGUAUGACGACGGUGGAGGUGACUACUACGAUUUGUCCGAUGACAGUGAGGAGGUGGGGGAGGGGGAAGAAAUGGUUGGCGCGUAUUCAGAAAAAUCAGAAGACUUUGUCUCCUCAGAUAUACCGACAAGUCGCAUCGAAUGGAUAAAUGUGAACGAGAAUUCUAACUUGACAUCAAAUCCUGAAAUGCCGAGCCUCGUGUCCGAUGGACUCGUUGGUGUCAGAGAAAUACCCAAGCCCUUGGAACAACGUAAGCCAGCCUCAUAGGUAGAAUGCAGCGUUCAACUUCCUGGAUUUCAAGAAUUAUAUCUAUGAAUCAAUUGAUCGUGAAAUUGAUGAAUUCACGAUUGAACGUUCAUCCAGCUGUAUUUAUACU